AUGGAGGCAGAACCACAUUACGACGACGGCGAGUCGACCACCGAUGACGAGAACGGCUCGCAGACGACCGAAGAUGACCCCGAGCUCGAUCGCCAGGGUCUUCCCCAGCAGCCCCCGCCUCCCCCUCCCCCGCCGGCGCCCGCACCCAGCGCCCAGCCACGCGCGAAGCCCCAGUAUGAACUCAAGCACACCAUACGAGGACACACCCAGUCUAUAUCUGCUGUAAAGUUCAGCCCGGACGGAACACUACUGGCCUCCUGCGGCGCGGAAAACAUAGUGAAGAUCUGGUCCCCCAUUACGGGCGAGCUCAUCCGCAAUCUCUCCGGGCACACGGAGGGUCUGUCGGAUAUCGCCUGGUCCUCUGACAGCGUCUACCUCGCGUCCGCGUCUGACGACACGACCGUGCGGAUAUGGGAAGUCGAUCGCGGCAUUACGCACAAAGUCCUCAAGGGCCAUACGAAGUGGGUCUUUUGUCUAAACUACAACACCGCGUCGAACCUGCUCGUGUCGGGAGGGUGUGAUGGGGAUGUGCGAAUAUGGAACGUUGCGAGAGGGAAGUGCAUGAAAACACUACACGCCCACCUCGACUAUGUCACUGCCGUUCACUUCAACCGCGACUCGACCCUCAUCGUCUCUUGUGCUCUUGACGGUCUUAUUCGAAUAUGGGACACCGCCAAUGGCCAAUGCAUGAAAACCCUCGCCGAGGGCCACAACGCCGUCUGCCAGCACGUCCAAUUCUCGCCCAACUCCAAAUACAUCCUCUCCACCGCGCACGACAACGCGAUCCGGCUUUGGGACUACCAGACCACGCGCUGCCUGAAGACGUACACCGGCCACAAGAAUAACAAGUACUGCAUCUCUGCGUGCUUUAGUGUGACGGGCGGGAAGUGGAUCGUCGCGGGGAGCGAGGAUAAUCGGGUAUAUUUGUGGGAUCUGCAGACCCGGGAGAUCGUGCAGGUGCUGGAGGGGCAUACGGAUGUGGUGGUCGCGGUGGCGACCCAUCCGACGCGAAAUAUGAUUGCGUCGGGCUCUAUCGAGUCCGAUCUAACCAUCAGGAUAUGGGCAGAGCCAUUGCCCGACCCUGCAAUACCGCCGACUUGA